AUGAUACAUGCAAUUCAACCAAGUACUGCUAUAAUGGCCUUAGCAAUAGCUGCAGAUGCAGAUGCAGUUCACACCAAAGAGUUAGAAGUUGACACACCAGAAAUGAAAUUUGAGAAGGUUGGGAAGUAUAUCUGGUGGAAUGUUGCAGUGGAAAAGGAGAGGUGGAGCAUUGGGGAGGGUGGGUUUGUCCCUGGACAGGAACAUUGUGUGGGAGAAGGCACAAAGAUGGUGUCACAGUGUCCAAGUGGAGGUCACUGUCAGAAGGACACAGUGCCACCUCUUCCUUCAUCGCCAUUGCAGUCUUUGGUCCACUCAUUUAUUGCUCCUGCAAAAUUUUAG